AUGCCCGUCAGUACUCAGAACCAAUCUGCCUUCAUGAGUCGCCUGCCGCGCGAGAUUCGCGAUGCUAUCUACCUCGAGCUCUGGCGCAGCCACGGCCUCCGUCAGCACAUUCUAUACCACGGGAAAGGAGAGCACCAGCACUUCUGCCGUUGGCCGUGCUCCAUCGAGUUUGAUGUUCAGGACCCAUUGCAAAAAGAACUUGAAGAGUUGAGAGCCCGCAUAAACGUUCCACUGGGUCAGUGUAUUCAGACUCACAGCUGGAAUUUCGACAUCAAAACGCCUUACGUCAGAUACUUACAAUCUCCAUGGAUGAACCACUGGCCCUGUGGCGAGGUUGCCUAUGAAAAGCACGGCAUCAAGCCUGUCUCGGGACUAUCGACCUGGGGACUUUCUUGUUGGAAGAGGGGCUGCAGUGGUCCUGGGAGCAACCUUUGCUCAUCCUCGUAUCUUCCGAUGCUCUCACUGUGCAAAAUUAUAUCCGAAGAGUGCCUGCAGUCCAUUUACAAGUCAACGACGUUUAUUUUCACCGAUAUGCCCAGUGUACAGAAGUUUUUCGGAUACUGUGAGCCCCAUCCACUUGAGAAAACUCUCCCCGAAGCAGGCAUUACACCCCCGGCCUUCUUUAAGUACGCUCAAAACGUAGAGAUCUCACUUGGUCCGGACUUUCCGUUACAGCUGCUAUGCGCCAAUUUCGAUAUUCCAGAUAUUCCGCAUCGCCACGACGUCUACGACUUUCACUGGUUGCGUCUUGACCGAUUCGAGAACCUUCAGAUCUUGAAUUUAUGGAUCUCUUCACGUUGCAUCUCCUUCCGCACCCCUUCAGAGUAUCAUGAUCUUCUUGGCAUUAAAGGAUUCAACACAGAGGAGUUAAGAGAUCGUCUUUCGCCGUUCAGAUUGAUCAACUCUGUCACGAUCAGCACACCCCUGAGCUCAUGCAUAAGACCUGAGGAGGGGUUUGUAGAAGACGUCACAUUGUCUGGUGUGCGACUUUACAAGCGAGGAUCUGGAGACAGGUUCCAUCCAAUCUUGGAACCAUUCUUUUCAAACCACAGAAGCAACUACAUAAUUAAUACUACCCCUGAAAUGGAAGUUCGGCUCGGUUAUGACGGAACUAAUUGGGCUCUGAUGGAAGAAGUGUGA